AUGACGACCUGGAAAGUGGAGCACAUCCUCGACACAGAGCCAGUGCGGACACUGGCAGACGUCUUCGUGCUCUUCCAGUAUUUCCUCCCGAUCCCCAAAGUGCAGCGCGGCCAGGUGGCCAUUGACAUUGGCCACAGAGUCCGCUCUCUCGCCUCUCUAGCUGGUGGUCCGCGUGACAUUGUGGCUGCCCCUCGGUACGACCUCUUGGCCCCCGUCCGCCGACACUUGCUCCAGUUCCGACAAUCGCCGUCUGCGCACACAAGACGCGAGCUCGUCAAGAUUCUCAAUGAGGCGAUAAGCGCCAACAGUUUUCCCAUAGUGGGGGCAGAAGGGCUGGCGGCAUACCACCAGUACUAUCUGUUGCGUGCAGCCAGCGUUGUUCUCGAGGACAUGGACAAUUACCUUACGCCUCCUUAUCAACGGCAGUUUCGAUGGUGCGACAACUCGUCCAAGGAAGUCCACCCUUGUGUCGAGUUUGUGGUCGACGGCGCGACAAAGAACCCCGACAAUGUCCUCUCCAGUGUGUUUAUGGUGUGGGAUGCCAAACCACCAGCAUGCCUCGACAGGACGACCAUGGACUUGAUGACGACGAUGGCGGGCGACGGCAUUCACAUUACAAGUGGCGAGGCGUUCAAGGCGCUGUGUGGGGAUAUCUCCAACGAGUCAGGUGUGCCGGGUGGUAGUGCUCUGGCCCUUAUGCUGCAUGCAUGGGUAGACUUGCGUAGUCGACAAGUCCUGAGCGCGUUCCUCGCUAACGAUGAGCAAGCUCAGCUCUUCCGGAUCAAGGAAGAUGUGGUCUUCAUACUCGACCGCCCACUCGAGAUGCGACUUUCCAUCAACCGCGUCAGCGCCCAUUUUGAGGGUCUACUACCGACCCAUGCUGGUGACACGUUACUCGGAGUCCUCGUUGGACUCGGUCUUGAGAUAAUGAAGCCUACCGGUACUGUCAAGCAAGACACGAACUCGCACCCAGCACGUUUGCCUCUACGUAUCCCCCAACUCCCCAUCAACGAGUUCCCGCCUCUGGCCAUCUUUUGGCCAAACCAUAUUCAUCGUUGGGCUGCUCUCCACUCGCUCAGUCACAUCGACGAAUUGCGGCCAUUCUUUGGCCCCAUGCCCAUCGAGCCCGUCGGCGUAACCCCAGCAAUGCCCGUCGAGUCCAACGCCUGGACGUCGUACCACCGCAUCACCACUCCACUCAUGCUCGAUGGGAUACUUGGUACUGGCGUCAUAUGGGACGUGUAUGCCGCCACACCCUUGGAUCAAACCAUUCACCCGUUACCCACAGUGGUCAAGCUUACGUGCCCGAAACUGCGGCCGCUGGACGAUGACGACAACUGGGAUGCCAAAAUGGUCAAUGAGGCCGUCGAUCGGGAGGCCUUCGUUCUCCAACAUGUCCUUGUCCCACUCCAGGGCCGCUCCACUGCCGAGGUCCUUGCCGUGGUCCAGGAAGAUGUUGGCGACGCGCCCACAAGACUUACAGAGGAUGACAAGAUGGACAUUGUGCGCAUCUACCGCGAAAUGCACAUGCUCGGCGUUCUCCACGGUGACCCCAAGGCAAAACACUGGCGACGGCACACCCACAGCAAGAGCGACCAGCCCAUCAAGGUCAUUGACUUUACGCGUUCUUUGUUACGUAUUGGGAUCCUGGGCGCCACGAAAACCGGCCACCCGUGGGAGGUGACCGACUUUGAGCAGCGUGCGGCACACGAGAUGGCACAUGUGUUGGAUAUCCUUGGUCUCCCCACCACAGGUCCAAAUCGUAUCAACUCAGGACCAUGGCUCAGCCCCCGAGAACUCGUGUAUUGGGAACAUUCGGCCUCGUUCCAGUCGUACGUUCCCAAUGCCCGGGGAAAGGCAAGGGCAUCGAGUCCGCGCAAGGCCAGGCGACAGGGCAACGAUGAUGGCGUCAACCUCGACACGCCAGCCGCCUUCAAAAGCCUCAGCCUGGACGGUUAA